GCACGCGUGUAUUUCUUGCAUUAUUUAUUUGGUUUAUUCUGUUAGGCUGCUCGAUAGUGUCUUCCACAUCCAGCGGCGGCAGCGGCGGAGAUUUGGUCACUUAGCAGCUACCCCAAGUUGUGCUGUAAGGAUGUUCUCCCGGCUGUGUCCUGGCCGGUGCCCGCUGGCGUUAUUGUGGACGGUGGCUGCUCUGGAGCUGACCUGGCGACCGGCAGCGGCCGGUCGGAGUUGCAGCGAGAGCCGACAGGUGUACGCAGAAAGGGGGUACAGCCUGAACACAGCCCCGCAAACGCAGAUAUCAGGUGAGCAUCUGCGGCUGUGUCCUCAGGAUUAUACCUGCUGCUCUAGUGUGAUGGAGGAGGUCCUGGCACGCCAGAGCGAGGCUGACUUCCUGUCUGCCGUCGAUGACACCAGCCACUUCCUGCUCACCACCUUCACCCAGAGGCACCGAAAAUUUGACGAGUUCUUCCGGGAGCUGAUUGACCUGGCUGAGAAGUCCAUGAAUCAGAUGUUUACCAAAACGUACGGCAAACUGUACACCCAGAACGCACGUGUCUUCCAGGACCUGUUCGUGGAACUGCGGCGGUACUACACAGGGGGCAACGUGAGCUUGGGGGAGGUUCUGGCGGAGUUCUGGUCCCGCCUGGUGGAGCGGGUCUUCUCUUUGGUGAACCCACAGUACCAGUUCAGUGAGGAGUACCUUGAGUGUGUCAGCAAGCACGCUGAGCAGCUACAGCCGUUCGGAGACCUGCCUCGCAAACUCCGUGUACAGGUGUCGAGGGCGUUCAUUGCUGCACGAGCGUUGGUACAGGGACUGGCGACGGGUCGUGACAUCGUCAGCAAGGCGGCCAAGUUGAGUCCUGGUGUGGAGUGUGCUCGUGCUCUGAUGCGGCAGUGGUACUGCCCGCUGUGCCGUGGCAGUCCUGCCCUCCGCCCCUGUCAUGGCCUCUGCCUCAACGUGAUGAAGGGCUGCCUGGCCAAUCAGGCCGACCUGGAUGCCGAAUGGAACAACUUCAUUGAUGCUCUGGUGCAGGUAUCGGAGAAGCUGGAAGGGCCCUUUAACAUGGAGCUGGCAGCAGACUCCAUCGCAGUGAAGGUGUCUGAAGCCAUCAUGCACAUGCAGGAGAACAGUGUCAGCACCUCCACCAAGGUGUUCCAGGGCUGUGGCAGCCCCCGUCCCGCCCCUGGGCGGUCACGCCGCUCUCCCAGGGAGCAGGGGGGCAGCAGGAGGCCGUUUCGCACCUACAGUCCCGAGGAGAAGCCCACCACGGCCGCCGGCACCAACCUGGACCGCCUGGUGUCAGACCUGAAGGACCGGCUGCGACCCAUGAGGGGAUUCUGGGUAUCACUCCCGCACACACUCUGUAACGAUGACAAGAUGGCCGCAGACCUCACCAACGAGGACAGGUGCUGGAAUGGACAGACCAGAGGAAGGUACCUGCCGGAUGUGACAGGUGAUGGGCUCGUCAGUCAGAUUAAUAACCCGGAGGUGGAGGUGGACAUCGCCCGGCCGGACGUGCGCACCCGGCAGCUGAUCAUGGAGCUCCGUGUCGCCACCAACAGGCUGAGACACGCCAUGACAGGCCAGGACACUGACUUCAUAGACAGUGAGGAGGGCAGUGGGUCAGGGGGUGGGGCAGGGGGAGAGAGGUACAGUGAUGAUUGGCCAGGCUAUGGGCCGUACUCCCCGCCCUACAGUAAACCCCCACGUAACCCAUCAGGCCCGAACAAGCCCCCCCGCAUCCGGGACAGAACUGGCCCCCGUUGGACUCGGCCCAACCAGGGCGGACGUGUAAGGUCAGGGGUCAUGCAGCCGACCCCCUGCCUGUUCCUCAUGUUGUUGUCUCUGACUCUCAUCGUUGCCCCCCUGUGGAGAUAG